AAUUUCAACCCUGAGUCCCCAAACUCCAAAGUGCCAGACUAGUCUCAGAUGUACGUGCAAAUCAAUACAAAGAAGAAAAUAAAAAUAAAAAAUCAUUAGUAGUGGCGCUUUUUAAAGCGUUUUCAUACUCUAGUGUUUCUUUUCUUUCUUCCUUUCCUUGUUUCCACUACUUUUCUUCCCUUCUUUCCAGAACAACACCACAACACAAACAGAGCAAAAAAAGCUCCACCAAUGGCGGGUUACAGAGCCGACGACGACUACGACUACCUCUUCAAGGUGGUCCUGAUCGGCGAUUCCGGCGUGGGCAAGUCCAACCUCCUCUCUCGCUUCACCAAGAACGAGUUCAACUUGGAGUCCAAGUCCACCAUUGGCGUCGAGUUCGCCACCCGCACCUUGAACGUCGAUUCCAAAGUCAUCAAGGCCCAGAUCUGGGACACCGCAGGCCAAGAAAGGUAUCGUGCCAUCACCAGUGCAUACUAUCGUGGGGCAGUCGGUGCACUUCUCGUGUAUGAUGUCACUCGCCAUGCAACAUUUGAAAAUGUUGACAGAUGGCUGAAAGAAUUGCGGAACCACACAGAUGCCAACAUUGUUGUGAUGCUCGUGGGUAAUAAAUCAGACCUUCGUCACCUUGUAGCCGUGUCAACUGAAGAUGGGAAGUCCUAUGCUGAGAAGGAAUCACUUUACUUCAUGGAAACCUCAGCUCUGGAGGCUACUAAUGUAGAGAAUGCCUUUGCUGAAGUUCUGACUCAAAUCUAUCACAUUGUUAGCAAGAAAGCAGUAGAGGUGGCUGAAAAUGGAACCACAUCUGUGCCUGCCAAAGGAGAGAAAAUUGAUCUGAAAAAUGAUGUUUCUGCUUUGAAGAGAGUUGGUUGCUGCUCAAGCUAAGAUUGGAAAACAUAGUUCAAUUGGUUGGUAUCGGCUCUGUUGUACGUGUAAUAUUCUGAGAAAUACGAACUAGAAGAAAAGUGAAAUUUAAUUUGUCAUAGCAUGUUAGACUCUUUGUGUAACCUUAAAACUAAGUUUGGUGUUUCAAUAGGAGCUGCUGGUGAAGCAAGUUGAUUGCUAGUCUUACUUGUUGUAGUGCUGUUAUUAUUGUUUUUGAAAUGUUUUCACAUGCAAAGAGGUUCAAGCUUGGAAUUACUUCAUUUAA